UCCCUUUCAUCCAUCUGGCCUCCUCAUCUCUUCUCUGGCUGACAUUUCCUUACAAAUACAUGUUCAGGGAGCCCUACACAGUCCGUGUGGCCGACCAGCGCUCCAUGCGGGGUAAUGUUGCUGUGUUCAAGUGCCUCAUCCCCUCAGCUGUUCAGGAGUACGUCAGUGUGGUGUCUUGGGAGAAAGACACCGUCUCCAUCGUCCCAGGUAACCGUUUCUUCCUGACCUCAUUUGGCGCUCUGUAUAUCUCAGAAGUGCAGAAGGAAGAUGCUCUGUCCACCUACCGCUGCAUCACAAAGCACAAGUACAGUGGAGAGACUCGCCAGAGCAAUGGAGCCAGGCUCUCUGUUAUGGACCCUACGGAGUCCACCCCGUCAGUGCUGGACAGUUUCCAGUCCGGUGAGGUGCAGGUGGGGCACAGUGUUGAACUGCCCUGCAUCGCAUCUGGAUACCCAAACCCCACCAUCCGAUGGCUGAAGGAUGGUCGGCCAUUACCUGCAGACUCCCGCUGGACGCGGCGCAUCACUGGCCUCACCAUUUCAGACCUGAGGCUCGAGGACAGCGGCAACUACAUCUGUGAGGUCACCAACAGCUUUGGCUCCAAAGAGGUGACAGGUCACCUCAAUGUCAUAGAGCCACUGCGGGUCACCUUGUCUCCCAAGAACCUAAAGACAGGGAUCAGCAGUACAGUCAUCCUCUCCUGCGCCGUCCAGGGCUCCCCCCACUUUACCGUGUCCUGGUACCGUAACACAGAACCUGUCCUGCCCGAUCAGCACUUUUCCAUCCAGGGGGCUCACAAUGAGACAUUGUUCAUCUCCGCUGCACAAAAGAGACACUCAGGAGCUUACCAGUGCUUUGCCACACGCAAGGGCCAGACUGGCCAGGACUUCUCCAUCAUACUGCUGGAAGACGGCACACCCCGAAUCGUCGCUUCCUUCAGUGAGCGGGUGGUAGUCCCCGGUGAACCAUUCUCCUUGAUGUGCGCUGCCAAGGGAGCGCCUCCUCCCACCAUCACCUGGACCCUGGACGACGAGCCUGUGGCCCGGGACCUGUCGCGUGUCAGAACCAGCCAGUACACGCUGUCCGACGGCAGCACUGUGAGCCAUGUCAACGUCAGCAGCCCGCAGAUUCGCGAUGGAGGAGUGUAUCGGUGCGCCGCACGAAACUCGGCUGGUAGUGCCGAGUACCAAGCGCGCAUAAACGUAAGAGGUCCUCCUAGGAUUCGGCCUAUGAAGAACAUCACUGCAGUGGCAGGAAGAAACACUUUCAUAAAUUGCCGUGUGAUUGGGUACCCUUAUUACUCAAUCAACUGGUACAAGGAGGGACUUCUGCUGCCUGAUAACCAUCGCCAGGUGGUGUAUGAGAAUGGGACUCUGAAGCUCAGCGACGUUCAGAAGGGGAUGGACGAGGGGGCCUAUGUCUGCAGCGUGCUCAUCCAGCCACAGCUGUUCAUCACGCAGACUGUUUAUGUCACUGUCAAAGUUCCUCCACUGAUCCAGCCAUUUGACUUUCCACCGACUUCCAUUGGUAAAUUGAUGUACAUUGCCUGCGUGGUGUCGUCUGGAGACAUGCCCAUUCGUAUCACGUGGCGCAAGGACGGGCAAGAGAUCGUGCCUUCCUCGGGCAUCACUAUCGACACUAAGGAGUUCAUGAGCUCCCUCCAAAUAUCCAAGGUGUCGCUCAAACACAACGGCAACUACACUUGCAUUGCCAGCAAUGAUGCUGCCACUGUCAGCACAGAGAGGCAGCUCACAGUUACAGUGCCUCCUCGGUUUGUGGUGCAGCCCAACAACCAGGAUGGGAUCUAUGGGAAGGCAGGGAUCCUAAACUGUUCUGUUGAUGGAUACCCUCCUCCCAAGGUCAUGUGGAAGCAUGCCAAAGGUACUCUAGCGGGUAUUGGUAACCCACAGCAGUACCACCCUGUGCCUCUGACAGGGCGUAUCCAGAUCAUGAGUAACGGCUCUCUACUCAUCAGACAUGUCCUGGAAGAGGACCGUGGUUUCUACCUCUGUCAGGCCUCCAAUGGGGUGGGCUCAGACAUCAGCAAGAGCAUGGUUCUCACCGUUAAGAUCCCAGCAAUGAUCACCAGUCACCCCAACACUACAAUGGCUAAGAAGGGUCAUGUGAAGGAGCUGAACUGCACAGCCAGGGGAGAAUGGCCCAUCAUCAUCCGCUGGGAAAGAGGCGACACGGUCAUUGACCCUGACCGCAACCCCCGAUACUCCAUUACCACCAGUCCCAAUGAGAAGACUGAUGAGGUGUUGUCUACACUCAAGCUAAAGCCAGCAGAGCGUGAAGAUUCAGUCUUCUUCUCCUGUCAUGCAAUCAACUCUUACGGAGAAGGACGAGGCCUUAUCCAGCUCACUGUGCAAGAGCCCCCAGACCCUCCAGAGUUGGAGGUGCGAGAAGUGAAAGAUCGUAGUAUGAAUCUCCGGUGGACACAGAGAUUUGAUGGAAACAGCGUAAUUACCUCCUACGAUAUUGAGUAUAAGAACAAGACAGAUUCCUGGGAGCUGAAGCAUGCCACUCGAAACAUCUCCCCCACCAACAAUCAGGCCAACAUAGUGGACCUUCACCCUGCCUCUGUCUACAGCAUCCGCAUGUACUCCUACAACGCUAUAGGGAAGAGCGAGGCCAGUAAGGAACUCACCAUCAGCACAGAAGAAGCACAGCCUGAUGGUCCUCCCAUGGAUGUGAUCUUGCAGCCUGUGACCUCUCAGAGUAUAAGGGUCACAUGGAAGGCUCCCAGGAAAGAGCUGCAGAAUGGCGUGAUUCGCGGUUACCAGAUCGGUUACAGAGAGAACGGCCCCGGCAGUAACGGCCAGUACAGCAUCGUGGAGAUGAAGGCCACUGGAGACAGCGAGGUCUACACUCUGGACAACCUGAAGAAGUUCGCCCAGUAUGGUGUGGUUGUCCAGGCCUUCAACAGAGCUGGCACAGGGCCCUCCAGUUCAGAGAUCAAUGCUACAACACUGGAAGAUGUGCCCAGCCAGCCUCCUCAGAAUGUGCGAGCCAUUUCUGUAACAUCAGACGAGGCAGUAAUCACAUGGGCCGAGCCUCCCAGAAUGACAUUGCAUGGCGUAUUGAAAGGAUAUCGGGUCGUGUUCUGGGCCGUCUUCCCGGAUGGAGAGUGGGGUGAAAUGCAAAACAUCACAACCACCAAGGAGCAGGUGGAGCUCAGAGGCCUGGAGAAGUUCACCAACUACAGCAUCCAGGUGCUGGCCUACACCCAGGCAGGGGAUGGAGUCAGGAGCAACGUCCUGUAUAUCCAAACCCGUGAAGACUACCCUGGACCCCCAGCUGGCAUCAAAGCUGUGCCCUCCUCUGCCAGUAGUGUCAUGGUGUCCUGGUUACCCCCUCACAAGCCAAAUGGAAUCAUCCGCAAGUACACCAUCUACUGCUCCAGCCCUGGGUCAGGCCAACCGCUGCCCAGUGAGUAUGAAGCCAAUCCAGAGCUGCUGUUCUACCGAAUCACCCACCUCAACCAUCGGCAGCAGUACCUGAUCUGGGCUGCAGCCGUCACCACCGCAGGCCGGGGUAACUUCAGCGAGAAGGUCACUGUGGAGCCAGCAGCCAAGGCCCCAGCUAAGAUCCUCUCAUUUGGGGGUACCGUGACCACUCCCUGGAUGAAAGAGGUACGACUGCCCUGUAGCUCAGUAGGAGAACCAACACCUACCAUAAAAUGGACCAAAGACAGUGAGGACACAGCCAUCCCAGUGUCUCUAGAUGGACAGCGUCUCAUUCUGGCCAAUGGGACAUUAGUGCUGCGCUCUGUUAAAGCUGAAGAUUCUGGAUACUACACCUGCACAGCCACCAACACCCUGGGCUUCGACACUAUUAUAGUCAACCUUUUGGUACAAGUCCCUCCAGACCAGCCUCGUCUCACCGUCUCCACCACCUCCACCUCUUCCAUCACUCUGGCCUGGAUACCAGGAGACAACGGAGGCAGCUCUAUCAGAGGUUUUGUGCUGCAAUACUCUGUAGACAACACAGAGGAAUGGAAAGAUGUUUUCAUCAGUUCUAGUGAGCGUUCUUUCAAAUUGGACAACCUGCGCUGUGGCACCUGGUAUAAAGUAAAGCUGGCUGCCAAAAACAGUGUUGGAGCCGGACGCAUCAGUGAGAUCAUUGAGGCAAAGACCCACGGGCGAGAGCCCCAGUUCAAUAAGGAUCAGCCGGUCUUCACCCACAUUAACUCCAGCCACGCUCGCCUCAACCUGCAGGGUUGGGCCAGUGGAGGCUGUCCAAUCAGCGCUGUCACGCUAGAGUUUAGACCAAAAGGCACAUGGACAUGGCAGAGUGUACGUACCAAUGCUACCACAGAUGUGUUCCUGGCGGAGCUGCGUGAGGCCACCUGGUACGAGUUGAAGAUGAAAGCGUGUAACAGCGCUGGCUGUGGCAACCAGAGCUCCCAGUUUGCAACACUGGACUAUGAUGGCAGCACAAUCCCACCAAUCAAAUCCCCCCUGGAAAAGAACGAUGAUGUCAAGAAGCUGUUUUCUAUUGGCUGUCCUGUGAUCUUGGUCACUCUGGGUGUUGCACUACUCUUCAUCAUUCGCAAGAAACGCAAAGAAAAAAGGCUUAAGAGACUAAGAGAUGCCAAAAGCCUGGCAGAGAUGCUGAUCAGUAAAAACAACCGCAGCUUUGACACCCCAGUGAAGGGCCCUCCUCAGGGCCCACGGUUACACAUCGACAUCCCCAGAGUGCAGCUGCUAAUUGAGGACAAAGAAGGCAUCAAGCAAAUCGGUGAGGACAAGGCCGCUAUCCCUGUGACAGACACAGAGUUUAACCAAACCGGGAACCCUCAGAGCUUCUGCACAGGUGUGUCUGUUCAUCACCCUGCCCUCAUCCAGAACACCGGUCCUCUGAUUGAUAUGUCAGACAUCAGACCAGGAACCAACCCAGUGUCGAGGAAGAGUGUUAAGUCAGCCCACAGCAUCAGGAACCGCUACUCCAGUCAGUGGACUCUGACCAAGUGCCAGGCCUCCACGCCAGCCCGCACUCUCACCUCAGACUGGCGCACAGUUGGCUCCCAGCAUGGCAUCACUGUCACAGAGAGUGACAGCUACAGCGCCAGCCUUUCACAGGACACAGAUAAGGGUCGCAACAGCAUGGUGUCGACAGAGAGCGCCUCCUCGACCUACGAGGAGUUGGCAAGAGCAUAUGAGCACGCCAAGCUGGAGGAGCACCUGCAGCAUGCCAAAUUUGAGAUUACAGAAUGCUUUAUCUCUGACAGCUCAUCUGACCAGAUGACAACAGGUACCAAUGACAAUGCAGACAGUAUGACGUCCAUGAGCACACCGUCAGAGCCUGGCAUCUGCCGUUUCACUGCCUCGCCCCCCAAACCCCAGGAUUAUGACCGUGGCAAGAAUGUAGCUGUGCCCAUUCCACAUCGCGCCAAGAGUGACUACUGCAACCUACCCCUGUACAUGAAGUCAGAUCCCUUCUUCCGAAAGCAGUCGGAGCAUCAUGACCCAUGUCCAGUGGUUCCACCACGUGAAGCCUCUAUUCGUGGCCUGGCCCAGCGGGCAUACCACACCCAGGGCCGUCAUGUGACUAUGGACUCUGCAAAGCAGCAGGCCCUGACCAUGGGCCACUCUGGCCUGUCCAACCUCACUUCCUCUGGGGCUUCCUCCGGAGGAGCAACAGGAGGCGGUGGUGGAGGUAGUGGGAUUGGAGGGGCGUCGGCUAGCUCCAGCAGCUCUACACUUCCCCAGAGGACUCUCACCAUGCCCGGCUCCUCUGCCUCAGUGGCCCAGAGUGCAGCAGCCGCUGCUGCUGCUACUGCUGCAGCUGCUGGGGCAUCAUCGUCCUCCGGUGGAGUUGGGGCAGCAGGGGCCGCAGGAGGGACCCCUGGAGGUGCCUCCUCAUCCUCCUCCAAGAUGGCAGGAUCCAGAGACUCUCUCCUGGAGAGCAGCUCCUCGGGCUUAGGCAGACUACAGAAGCAGAGGGAUGGAGGGGCAGGGGCCUACUCCAAGUCCUACACACUGGUGUAG